AUGGCAAAGCCCAAGCGAGUCGCCAUAAUUGGCGCCGGACCUUCUGGCCUCGUAACGGCAAAGACGCUUCUACGGAACUUUCCACCCGGUACUUUCAGUGCUGUCAUCUUCGAAAAGAAACCUCGAAUUGGCGGCCUCUGGGCUGUGGAUUACCCAUCGACACCCUACCUCUUGAGGCCCACUCCGCACUUUUCGCAUGAUUAUGAGCUUCACUGUAGGAAACAAUAUCAAGGCCGAGCACUGGUAAAUCCCUGGAUGCGAACAAAUCUAAGCCGCUUCUCUGUUGCGUUUUCCGACCUGGCGUGGGAGACAGCCUUGGGCGAUGCGGUUCCUCUGUUUCCGUACGCUUGGGAGGUGAGGAAAUAUCUUGAGAAGUAUGCCGAAACAUAUAUCCCUAAAGAGUGCUUUAAGCUGGGGAAGAGAGUCUUAAGCGUGACAAGGAGAGGAACAGAGAUAAGGGCCAAGGACUGGGCUGUUUGGGAGAUGUGGAGAGGCCCCUCGUCUGGGCAUUUUGGCAGUCCGAGCAUACCACUCAUACCUGGACUAGAGGACAUUUCCUCGGUUCACAGCUCAGAACUACAGAGUCCGGACGAUAUAGGUCGUCUACUUGAGAAGUCUCCUAAGAGUGGAAAGCUGGUUGUUGUUGGCGGUAGCAUGUCUGGGGUUGAAACUGCGACGUCGCUUGCUCUUCACUUAUCGUCUUUGAGUUUUCGGCCGGGCUCUUCUGCUCAACAGCAUAAUUAUGAAGUGUGGCAUGUUGGGCCUGGGCCGUACUGGGUCUUACCUACUUAUCUCCCACACAACUAUGCCAAAGAUACCGAAGGAGACGCAAUGCCUUUUGUCCCCCUCGAUCUAUCGCUAUACGAUAUAGCCCGCCGCCCACUCGGUAUGACUGGCAUCGCGUUUGGCCCAACCUCCCAAGACCAGAAUCGCAAGAGAAAUCAGUUCUUCAGGGAUAUGCUUGGGGAGGAAUAUAGCAAGGUGGGCUCGUUUCAUCUCGGUGAUAAUCAAGGAAGAGAAAUUCAGCGGUCGCCGUGGGUUGGGAUAGCUGACCAUUACGCUGAGUUCGUUCGGUCUGGCGCCAUAAAAACUCUGGCGGGCAGGGCUUCUUCAUUUACCAAUGAGUCUGGCCUUGAAACAUUAAAUAUUGAUACAUCCGCUGGCAUGGUGCGUCUCACCGAAAUUGCUGCUGUCGUAAUGGCCACAGGGUUCAAGCCCUCUGGAUCUCUCUCGUUCUUACCAGACGACGUUCUUUCGACCCUCGAAUACUCCAAAGAUGACCAUUUUCUGCCUCUUGUUCUGGAUAGCAUGAGCAGUGCCCAUAGUGAGAUCCCAGACCUCGGCUUCGUUGGUUUCUACCGCGGGGCCUUUUGGGGCCCUGCGGAGUUACAGGCCCAGAGCCUCGCUCAGACUUGGGCGGCGGCUGAUUUGGAGAACGGGGUAUCAGCAUCGCUAUCUGAGGAAGAGAAGCGCUCUAGAGAUGGCGAGCGACAACAGGUCCGAGACUUCAGAGAUGUCCGACCUACUAGCCUCCGCGGCCAGUUUCCCCUGGGCGACUAUGUGGGGUUAAUGGAAUCGUUUGCGAGACGGUUGCACCGCUCCAGGUUUCCUCUUGGGAUAAGCCCUGAUGCGAAUAUACGGACAACCGGCCCGGUUGUGCCUGCUCGUUAUGCGCUAAUUGACCAUGGUACACUCUUUGAGUAUCCGACUUUAAAGGAAGUGGAAAUAACUAUGAAAGCUCUAAAGAGUACUCUCCUACCAGAUCCUGGUCAAGCAUCGGUGACUACGACAGCAGCCAUUUUUAGGGCUUUGCAUGGUAAUUGGGGGUUUGAGAGAAUAGUUUCUCAUGCAGGUGGUGAGGACAUUAAGUCAUGCGGAAAGACAACCUUCUACCCUCGCUACCCGUCAAGUCCGAUGUAUGAGGCAGAGUAUCUCUGCAAGGAAGAUGCAAAUGACGGUGCAGCAAUGAAGACAGCCAUAUCAGUUUACCGCCAUCUCAACACUUUCAGGUUUCCAGGGCAAGCCGGGAUUAGCGUGUGGUUUGUAGACGGAAAGUCGUGUCCGAACUCAGCUACCGAGUUUGCGUUGAAGCUGCAAGUCGAACCAAUGGGAAAAGUGACGGAUUCAGGAGAGAUCCUUGUUAGAGCUGUGGCCAUUUGUGAGUCAGCCGCGAAAGAACAUACCUAUGAAUUCUAUUUCGAUCGUGUUGCUAUCAGCAAUUGGUGUCAUCGAGUGGUUUGGUCUGCUAAGAGCAGGGAUCGCCGGCAAACGACGUGGUACAGCAGACCAAAUGACGAUUAG